AUGUAUGAAGGCAAGAACAUCCAUUACUCGAGUGCAGACAGCAAGCUGUUGUGCUCCUUUAGCGGUAAACUUUGCAAUCAGCGGCGUCUUAACGGAUAUGGAUUCUGUGUGCGUCACAUCCUGGAAGACCCGACAGCCCCUUUCAAGCGUUGUGCAUACGUGGCGAAAUCUAGUAAUCAGAUGUGUACGCAGGCAAUACCGAAGCAUGAAGAAAGAAGAUACUGCAACAAUCAUAUGCAAGUGUUGGGGAUGUUGCCAAAGAAGGAGAGAAAGAAGAAGGACAAGCCAGGGGUUGUUUCAGAAAAUAAACUACAACUUAUCAAUUCUGGGAAUGCCAAAGCCAAGUUCAGUCUCUCUAAAGACACGAGCACACCUGUGAUAAAGCCACCACCAUCAGCUGGGGAUCCAGAUGACCCAUAUGCAUUUCCAGAUGCCGGUCCGGCAGAAAACAAGCCAGGAGACCUUACUGGCGUUAUGCCCGCCUCUUGUGAUAGCAUUUUAGGAAAAUCUCUACAGACUGGCCAGGGAUUUGUGAGGUCAGCCAGUGAUAUCAGCAGCACUGCAGGAUUUAGUCUGUCUGGAGGUUCCACAAUCGCCAAGUACUAUCCAGAGCUUGCAGAGAAGCUUGAGAAGAUGAGAGCUAAACCUGAAACUAAGGUGGUGCCUAAGAGCAGGGCGAGAGUCUCCAGAACGAUGAAUAAAUUACAGACUAAGAUCGCUCAGAAUAAAAUCAAUGAGAAACUACGGAAGUCACAAGAACUGAAUCAGACAGAUUCAAACUCCAGCCCUAUUCAAGUGUCUAGCCCAGAACAUGGUGCAGAGUUUGAACUUAGUCCUAGUCUGGAUCGUGUGUUUAGUCCCGUAUUACGCACUUAUGGUUCUCAUGGUUCCGCUACAGGAAGUUUCCCCCCGAACCUCUCAGCGUCUCGUUAUGAGCAGCUGCCAGGCACGCAGGACAUCCCACCACUACCUCAGGUUGACACCUCUUUUUUAGCAACUCUUGCAGUUCAGGACAGUAUGGGCUUCCAAAAUACUUUAAAUGAAACUGGGUUGUCAGAGCGGCUCAUGGCCGCGCAUACGCCUCCUCGCUUACCACCACCGUAUCCUGGUUCUUCCACAUUAUCAACACCUUCAUCGUUAGCUUCCACAGAUCUUCCUGCCAGUGCCUUCAGUCCACAGACAAACUUGAACUGUGUGUUGGAAAAUUUCAGCGCCUCACACUCGCCCCAAAGGACUACGAUAACCCAAACAGGCCCAUCAGGGCCAUCUUCGUUAUCUUCACUAUCAUUUUCUUCCCCGCACUCUUUACAUCCAGGGCUUCAGACCCCGACGCCUCCUGGCUUUCUCUCUCCAGCCUCGUCAUCGUCAUUUCCAUCGUCGAUUGCAUCAAAUUACUCAUUUCCAACAUCAGCGGGAACCACAGAUUCUCAGCUGCCAAGCCUAAAAUCGGUGAAUAAUCGUUUACCCACAAUACCUCCCUCAAACAUAAACAUUUUUUCCAUGUUGAAUAUAAAUCCGAAACAGUUGAGCAUUGACCCGGCAACUGGACUGCCUCAGCAGCAUCUGCUUCCGUCUCCAAACACCCUGGCCGCUCAUCUUAGUCUACCUCCACCACCACCAUAUGUGCCUCCGGUCGUUCCACCCAAAGUGGCAGUGGCAACACAACAACAGAGCAUACCACAAUCAAAGAUCCCAGCACCGGUCCCAGCAUCGGCACCUGUGACACCAAAGACCUCAGUUCCCCACACGAAACUACACAAAUUAACGGGUAUCCUGUCUGAAAAAGUUGCCAAGCGGAAGUUGAAAAGUGACCUUGCUGUGAAUUAUUAUUCCUUAUAUGCCAAGAGGAAAAUCAGCAAUCACUGUUUGGUGGGCCCUUUUCUGGCCAGCUCAGACGAUGACAGCGAAGAUGGGGGUGUUGACAUGUUGCCUUGGCAACGGGAUGUCUUCUCAGCGUCUUCAGAUGAGGAGGCAGAGUAUGAUGAUGAGCUGCCAAAUGACGUCCCCAUGGGAAUGCGGCCAACAAAGUUAUCGCUCCUGAAGACUAGACUGCGUCGGCAGUGGUGUCAGGCCAAGAAUGCCUACAACACCAACAGGCUGGUGCAGAGCAGUAACAAUCAGGCAACAUUAGCUUUGAUACGCACAGCCAGGAACAGCGCGGCUUGUGCUGUGAGGGCGCUGUGGCAGAUAACACAUGUGAAAAAAUCCAAACGAAAGCUGCAGAGGAGGUUGCCUAAGAGAAAAAUUUGCUGCCACAAAAAUGAGAAAGAGGGCCAAUGUCAGAACCAGUGUUUGCCAUAUGCCAAUCAUUGCUUGAAACAUAUCACAUACAACAUCAAUCAGCAGCUGUUUGAUUUCUGCACUGCCAAGUUUGCCAACAACGUCCAGUGUUGUCUCCCAUCGUUUGACCUUCGGCACGAGCUUCCCCUUUGCCAGGAGCAUGCUGCCAAAACGGAUAAUUAUCAAAAGCAGUUGGCAUUAGAGAACAAGAAAAAGCCUCGGAAGAAAUCAAAGCCUCCGGCUCUCACUCGGCCUCCAAGAAAAGGAAAGAAGAAGAAGAAAGGAAGGUAUGCUCGAACCCAGAACCUCGUAAGUCAAGUGCAAUCAUCAGGAAUCGAUUCUGCUCUGUCGGAUGUCGAUGUCACCACAGUAGACUCUGGCAAACAGGAAGAGAGCACACUGAGGGUCUCAGUCUCCCCUUCUCAUGGCAGCGAACUAGCUCAUGCUGCUGCGGCUACUGCUAUCGCCCAAGUUCCAUCUUCUGUUGCUUCGUCAGGUUUCUCUGUUCCCAUCAGCAGAGGAAAUAAAAAUCUAGACCAUGGUCUGGAACUGGAAGAGCCGUUGUCGCCAGAUUUUGACAAGCCCUUUGAGCUGCCACUUGAGCAAGCAUCACGUCUGCUGGACGAGUCCGAUUUUCAAGAAGUGGUCAACAAGAUGCCUUUCGAUGCUCUCGAUCUUUUUGGCAAAAAUGGAGAACCUGAACAUGAGUCAGAAGUGGCAGACCUGUCUUCAGCCAGCAAAGCUCGUGAUGCCCUGGAGAAGCUGCUCACAGGCACCAUGUCAGAGGAGGAGUCCAUGCAGAUAGCCAUGCUGCUGGCCCAGAAUCUGCAGACAGAUGCAGAACUGGCACAUCAUGCUGGGCUCAUGAAUGAGAUCAUUCCCAGCACCACAGCUCAAGGAGACUCCCGGCUGCUGUCCUUAGGAGGUAUGGGUAUGGACAUUUCCAUGACCCCGCACUUGUUGGGACUGUCGGUCAGUGAUUCUUCAUUACUGUCCAUGCAGCCAGCAGGUCUAAAUGACAGUUCAGGGUUAGGAGUUGCUCAUAUGGGUUUGCAUUCUUCGCAGCAGCAGAUGUUGCAUCCUCACCAGGCAGGAGUCAUGCAGCACCUCUCUUUGACAACAGCCUCCAGCAUGUCUGGGUCCUACGGUCAUCAGGACAGCCUCAAAAUGAAUGCAGCAUCAUUUCAUCCGCUUCAGCAGCAUCAGGUGCUGGCAUCCCCGGCCACAUCUGCAGCAACCAUGGACAGUAUUCCUUCAGUCUUUACUGCUGAUUUGAAUGCCAUGUACGGUCAUGCUGACAGCAUGUCACAGUCCCAUUUGUCUGUUGACCACAACUCUGUUUUAAAUCUCAAACAUAUCACAGGCUUGGAUAGUUUUUCAGUAUCUACAGCAAAGGCUGUGCUGCGUCAUCAUCUUUCUCCAUCACAGCCUGUAACCACCAAUGCCGGAAUCAAGACCUCAAAUGUUUAUGCAGUCUCAGCUCAAGCCGGUUACCACCCUGAUAUGGUUGGAGUUCAGAUACCCCUGACGCAGGCUAACCUCGAGCUGUCUCGGAGUAUCAUCAAUCUGGAAGCAUCCUCCAUAACACAAGGUGGUUAUAGCCUGCAGUCUUUGCCUGUCAUCACGGUUCAGUCGAGGUCAGACAAGGGAGUUUCAUAUCAAAGUAUAUCCUCACAGUUAUCGUCCAGUAAAUUGUUGUCUUCAUCCUCGUCAGAGUUUCCGCAAACGCUUGCACUGUCAACGCCAUCCCGUGCCAAGAAAGCAAAACUCAUGACCUCAUCAAAAACUUCAUCUGUGAUAGCUCACCAGCAGAUGCUGCACCAGAGUUUGCAGCCCCAGCCACAACAUGGGGUCCAGCUGCAGCACCGAUCACAACUCCCUCAGCAGUCUGUUCAACACAUUCUCCAGGCCACUGCCCCGCCCCAGACUAGAAGCCUCGCUAUACCUGAUGCAUCCAAAGCCGUCAGGCCUUUAGACAAACCACCGUCUUCACCAAACCUUCCCACAACCACUGCUGUCAAAUCCCAUGCCUCCACGGGCCAAGCUCUAUCCACGCGCAGGCUGGUUCUGCCUGGGGUCGAGACCCUACACCAUCGGGACAAUUCAAAGCAGGUUUUCACUUCCUUGGCUCUGUCAACAUCAGACAGUUCAAAGGUAAAACUGCAUAACUCUAACAUGCAGCUUACAGACAUCACAAGAACUAGAAUGAGUUUACAAGAGAGUCUCAACUCGCAACAUACUAUGAAUUCUGUAAGCUCCACUCAGGCGUCAUUCACUUCUUCAUCUUAUUCAAACUCAAAACUAGGAAAUACGGUCAGGUACUCUCUGACGGCAGACAGUUCCCUUGCUCCUGCAGCAUCAUUGACCACGACCAUCCGCCACAACCUCUUGACUGGCCCCAGUGGACCUACAACAGAAUCUAUUUUAGUCACAGUGCGACAGCCGUCUCCGUUAGAGUCUGUGCCAACAACGGUCAGACACACGCUGCCGGACACCCUCUCUUCACCCAUCACUUUGCCAUCAUCACCGUCGCUUCACAUGCAUCCACCACCAGCAUCGUCGUCGUCGUCAUCAUCAUUAUCAUCGUCUCAGGAGAUUCCAAGCUACAGCUCACAUAACAAACUACCACAGUCGGGUAUUAUAACACAGUCAUCAUCGUUAUUUCACUCGGACCUUCACCGCCCCCAGUGGGUGCCGAUGGCUACCAACAUCACCUUGCAGAAUGGACUGCCUUUUGUCUCAUCCGCAUCCAGGGCCCAAUUAUCAAACAGACUCCACCCUGCUGGCAAGGGAAGUGUUAAAAACAAACAGAGCAACGCUGCUGCAGAGGCGGCAAGAAUCUCUGCCCUGGCAACCGCCGCCGGGGUGCCAGUCGUUUGUAAUCAAGUAUCGCUGCCUGGUUUCGUACAAGGCAUCUCAACCACAACAUUCAAAACCACCGGCUCCUCCUGA